CACACAAAUGAUUUCAUAUUUCAAGAGGGGUAGUUUAAUUUUAAACAUGGAAAUAGAAUUGCUAUAAAAAAAAAAAAAAAAGUACUAGGAGUUAUUGACUUUCGAAAGCCACACCCAUGGAAACUAAAUCCUCAAUCACUUUCAUUCUCUAUCUUAUUUCUGCCAUACUUAUCUUUGUUUCCAAUUCUGUUGCUUCCAUUGAAGAAAGUUUUGCUGAGGAUUAUGACACAUCCACUCUUAAACGAAGCAGUUUUCCAAAGGAUUUCGUAUUUGGUUCAUCAUCCUCAGCAUAUCAGUAUGAAGGUGCAGCAAAUGAAGGUGGCAGAGCUCCAAGUAUUUGGGACACUUUCACUCAGAAAUAUCCAAAUAAAAUAAGGGACCAAAGCAACGGGGAAAUCGCUGUGGAUUCAUACCAUCGUUUCAAGGAAGAUGUGGGGAUAAUGAAUGACAUAGGGUUUGAUGCUUAUAGAUUCUCCAUCUCAUGGUCUAGGCUACUACCAGGUGGAAACCUAUCUGGUGGAAUAAACAAUGAUGCCAUCAUAUAUUACAACAACCUUAUCAAUGAACUUAUAUCUAAAGGUUUGAAGCCCUUUAUAACUCUAUUGCAUUAUGAUCACCCCCAAAGCUUAGAAGAUGCAUAUGGCGGUUUUUUGAGUCCAAAAGUAGUGAAGGAUUUCGUGGACUAUGCAGAGGUGUGCUUCAAAGCAUUUGGUGACAGAGUAAAGUAUUGGAUUACAAUAAAUGGACCAUCAAUUUUCUCUGAAAAUGGUUACACAAAUGGGAAAUAUGCCCCAGGAAGAUGUUCAAACUGGUUGCAUUUUAAUUGUUCUGGUGGAGACUCUGCUAUUGAACCCUACCUUGUUACCCACCAUCAGCUUCUUGCACAUGCUGCUGCUGUCAAAGUUUACAGGGAAAAGUACCAGAUUACACAAAAAGGACAAAUUGGGUUAGUUCAAGCCAUUGACUGGGUUAUACCAUUAACCCAAUCCCCAUUAGACAUUGAUGCUACAUUUAGGGCUAGAGCUUUCAAGUUGGAUUGGACUAUGGAACCGUUACGAUCUGGUUCAUACCCAAUUGAAAUGGUUCACUAUGUGGGUGAAAAACUGCCAAAGUUUUCUAAAGAGCAAUCAGAUUUGGUGAAAAAUUCUUUCGAUUUUAUAGGCAUCAACUAUUAUUCAACAGCUUAUGCAGCUGAUGUUGAAUGCACAAGAGAAAACAAAUCCUACUUCACAGAUUUCUGUGCUGAGAUUACUUUUGAGCGUAAUGGAAUUCCUAUUGGGCCAAGGGCUGCCUCGGAAUGGAUAUACCUCUAUCCAAAAGGAAUCAAAGAAGUAUUGCUCUACUUUAAGCAUAAAUUCAACAAUCCAAUCAUAUACAUUACAGAAAAUGGUUACGAUGAUUUUAAUGAUGGAGAAGUAUCACUCAAAGACCAAGAGAGAAUAGACUGCCACAUUCAACAUCUUUCUUAUGUUCAUAGUGCUAUAUUGGAUGGAGUCGAUGUGAGAGGCUACUUUGCAUGGUCACUUUUGGACAACUUUGAAUGGUCAGAUGGUUACACAGUUCGGUUUGGAAUUGUUUAUGUUAACUAUACGAAUGGAUUGAAUAAAUAUCCAAAAGACUCAGCUAAAUGGUUUAAGAGCUUCCUCUCUCAAGAAUUUGAAUCCCAAUGAACAUAUUAAUGAAUAGAAAGAACAAGUGGUUUGCACUUACACAAGGGGUCCUUUAUUUUUUCUCUUGUAUAAGAAUAAUAUGCGAAUUAAAC